AUGACCAUACCGGAGUCGUACCGCCGGAGUCCGGUGCGCGGUGAACGAGUGUCCCGUUUCGAGAAACCGCGGCAUUACGUAGAACAAUCCGCCAACCGGGGCCGGGGCGUGCGCAUCUUCACCGGCGAAGAGAAACAGCCGAAAGUGUUCUGCAACCCCGUGAUAUACGACCAAGAUUCGGUGCGCCGCCAACCGUACCAAGAGAACGAUUGGGAAGACAACGAACGGUCACCGAACCGGGCAACAGAUCGGGCCACCAACUCAUCCGGCUCGGAUAGUGGAGGAGCUUACGACGUGCGCCGUUCGGUGUUGGAGAAUGCCCUCAACAUUGCGUUCCUUGCGGCCAACUCCAACCAGCUGCGUCUGGUGACGACGACCGAAGUCGAUCGACAGGACACUAGCACCUAUCAGGCACUGCUGGGACUGCUCGUGGUGUCACUGAUACUCCAAAUUCUUAACUGCGUUGCAAUGCUGAUUAUGUCGACACACGCUUCCCAACGUUGGCCUCUACUGCGAACCUUGGCCUGCGUUGUUGCCUUCGUGAUUGCACUACUCAACCUGGCGGUGGUCACAGUGCUCAACAUGCUACUGGAAUCGGACUGAGCACUAGUUUAAUGAAUUUGGAAAUUAAAAUUAUGAGCGUGUGACUUAUAUUUAGUUAGCGAUCACCGGGUGCCUUCUCUAACAUGUGUACACAAGUAAAACAUGAAUCAUCUCGUAUGGAAUGCCAUGCAGGAAUAGUAAAAAUUUAUCACGAAU